AUGGCGGCGGUGGCAACGGUGGUAGUGAUGGUGAUGAUACUGGAAGUGGCUGUGGUGGUGGUGACCGUGGGGGUGAUGGUGGGGCUGAUAGUAGGGGUGGUAGUGGCGGUGGAGGUGGCAAUGAUGGUGAUGGUAGUGGCGGUAGUGGGUGAUGGUGGAGGUGAUGGCAAAGGUGGUGGUGCUGGGGGUGGCGAUGAUGUCAGCGAUGGUGGUGGUGGUUGUGGCGGCAACGGUGAUAACCAUGACAAGAUGGUGGUAGUAGAAGUGGUGAAAUCAUAUCAUGAGAAUAAAAAUUAA